AAAACCUUUUCCUGUUCACAUUUAGUCAACAUCUGAGCCCUGGGCUCCGUGUUGCGCGCAGGCCGCAGCUUGUCGGACAGACACACACUUCCACAGGUCUUUCGCACAAGUAUUUUAGGCAUUCCGCAUUAGAGAACACCGUCAGACACUCUGAGCACUUCUUCUCGCAGGUAUGAGGAUCCAUUCCACAGGAUGGUCAGCACACUGAAGAUUCAGUCAGUGUGAGUCAUUUCAAAGGUUCUAGGAACUUUGUCGCUAAAUUGGGGGGAUUUGUUGUAUAUUUCCUGGGAGGUAAUGUAGUCAUUCUCGUCUGACUGAUUGUGCAAACAACCAGCCCGGAUUGCUGAGCUAGUCAUGCUCAGCUUGGUGUGGCACGCACACAGCGGUUCAGCGCCAUGUAUAGUGGACGACAAAAGAGGGCCGCUCUGUCUCAGGUAUCUUCAUAACCAAGAUGGCCACUUGGGACAACAACGUAACCAGCCAAACCAAUUACAGCAACUUCUACUGUCGCUUUGAAGAACGUUUCAAAUACAUUCUCCUGCCCGUCAGCUAUUCCCUGGUCUUUGUUAUCGGCUUGGCGCUGAACGCUACUGCGUUGUAUGUGAUGCUGUUCCGCACCAAGCGCUGGAAGUCCUCCACUAUCUACAUGUUCAACCUGACCGUGUGCGACACCCUGUACGUGCUCACUCUGCCCUUCCUCAUCUACUACUACGCGGAUGAGAACGACUGGCCUUUCAGCGAGCCGUUGUGCAAGAUUAUACGCUUCCUGUUUUACACCAACCUGUAUGGUUCAAUAAUGUUCCUGUGCUGCAUCAGCCUGCAUCGCUUCAUCGGCGUCUGCUAUCCAGUCCGCUCCCUCUCCUGGGUCAGCGCUCGUCGUGCCAAGCUGGUGUCUGUGGCAGUGUGGGCCUGUGUUUUACUCUGCCAGGCACCUAUUCUUUACUUCUCAAGAACUAGUAAAAGCGAGAGUGUUCGGAUCUGCUACGACACAACCAGCCCGGAUCUCUUCGAUGACUUCCUGUUGUACAGCUCUGCCGUGUCGGUGCUCAUGUUUGCCCUGCCCUUCAUGGUGGUGAUGGUGUGCUACGGCCUCAUGGUGCGGAAGCUUCUGGAGCCUGGCUGGGCGUCUGAAGGGGGCGAGAGGGGAGGCCUGUCAGCCCGGCGAUUGAAGCAGAAGUCGGUGAAGAUGAUCAUUGUUGUGCUGGCAACGUUCAUGAUCUGUUUCCUUCCGUUCCACCUCACCAGGAGCCUCUACUAUUCUUUCCGAUACCUGAGGCAGGUCGAUCCAUCACAGAUCAGCUGUAAGUUGCUUGAGGCCUCCAGUGUGGCCUACAAGGUGACCCGACCUUUGGCCAGCACCAACAGCUGUGUGGACCCCAUCCUUUACUUCCUGGCUGGGCAGAACGUCCGCAGUAGCCUCACCAAGAAGAUUCGGUCCACACCGCCAAGCGUGAGCCAACGAGUGACAACUAAACUCUGAUCCAACACCUGUAAAUACUUUGGUUUGGAUUUAAAUGCAAAGGUCUGAGGUGAUAAUUGUAGAAGUGACACACAGGGUUUUGGUUUGUGCUGUUCUGUAGUUCAAAAUGUAAAGGAAUUAAACAUUCUUUAUUACAAACAUGUAGAAACGUUAACGGACUGGCUGUGUUGUUUCAUAUUUAGUUUUCUCUUCUCCAAUUUCCAAUUUGUUUAUCGCCGUGAUUUGUGGCGGGCGGCUGUAAAAUGAGACUCACAUUCUGUGUGCCCAUUUCACGAGGAGGUGUAGGUUGGUUCGUGUUUGCUUCUGAUUUUAGUUGAUGAUUCUCUUUUAUAUAUUGUGAUUAUACAGCUUCUGGGCAGCUGAGUGGGAUAUUGGAAACAGCAGAAGUCAGUUGUAACGUCAGUCUGUUGAUUGUAAUGAGUUUGGAAAGUGUUAACUGUGAUUUGGGAGUAGAGUAUUAGUUAUAGUGUAGCUUGGAACCACUUGGUGCAUAUCAAUUGUAGUGUUGAUUUAUAUAAUUAGUGGUUAUAACAAGCAGACCACUAGAGGGCGACACUGUCAAACCAACAAGACAGUCCGUUGCUUUUAGUUUUUAACUAUUUUUUAAAAACUUUUCUACUAGAUUUAUCCUCACAUUCACAGACAACAGCCGACAGACGCCAAAGUUAUUGAAUCACAAGUAAGACAGCAUUUAAAAUACAUCUCUUCGUUGUUUCAAGAGUAAAAACGUCGAACAGAAAAAUGUUAUAUUAUAAAUGCACCCUGCAAAGUCAUUGAGAUGAAAGCUCCCUUCCUACUGGCAACCCUCCAGAUUGAAAACAUCAAAUAAUAAACCCAAUGACAGUAGUACAAACAGAUCGAAUGAAAAUGUGUGACUGCUGCUGCCAAUAAAUAUCCAGUCCUCCAGACAUGUUAAAUUCAUAAACAUAAUAAGAAAUAUGUGUGGGUAAUUAUAAUAAACUCUUUGGAAUCCAAAAGAACCUAAACUGAAGUCAAGUGAGCUGCAUGACUUUGAGGCAUUUCAACCACUAAUCCACUGCAGCUACUGAAUGGGUUAUUUAAUUAAACUGUAAAAACCGUG